UACGUACUGACAGUAAAAUAUUUCGGGAACGAUCUCUGUAAAUUUUCAGUGGAAAUACAUCCUGAUUCGUUGCUUGCUUGAAAAAGAUGAAGAAGGAACUAAACAUGAUGAAAAUAAAUAACGCUAUGAACCUCGUUAGACCAACAAGUAGAGCGAAGAGGCUAGAUCCUAAAAAAGAAAAGAACUCAGUUGAACAUACUUCUUCUGAUCCAGCUGGUCCCACUCCAUUCAAGUUUCCUUUAAUAAGAAACGCCUUUCCCAGUAGAAUAGAAGUGCUCAAACCGGAUAUCACGAAAAUACCCAUUUCCGAAAUUCAACAACCGAAGAAAACUGGCCCCAUCGAUAUAUUUUCCAGCUUCCUAACCAACUGUUUCAAGAGCAUCAUAGCUCUUGGUGCAAUCUACGUUUCCAUAGACUUCGGCUGCUGGAAUAAAACGUACUUGGAACCGAUUGAAAAUGAUUCUCAGGAUGCAGCAGAAGAAAAAGAAUCUACUGAAUGGGAACUGUUGGCGAAUUAUAUUUCAGGAAGGUCGUAGAGUUUUUGUUUGCAGAUAUAAUUAUUGUUUACAUGGUUUCUGUGAUGUGAAAUUCCAUUUGUGAUGAGCAGAAUUUAUAUCUGUACCAGCUAAACUGUGUCUUGGGUGAAUUAAAUACAUUUGCUUCGGUGA